AUGGGAGCCGUACUCAGCUGUUGUAGAAACCAUUCCGGCGAAGAGAAUGAAGCUUUGCUGAGGGAACAGCAGGCAGGCUAUGGAAGUCAAGGAAACGCAAAUGACGAAUACGAUGCCGAACAAAUGCGGUUGAAGGAACACGAACACGAACAGAAACUGCUGGCCAGGGAACAAGAGUUAAGAGACAUUGUUGCAAACACCAACGAUAAACUAAUAGACAUAUCGAUGAUAAACAAUAGUGGCAUUGUAAUUCAAGGGACAGACCUGCAAGAAGCUCUUGAUAAAAGACAACAGGAAGAAGGUGGAGAUUCCCGGGAAGACGAAAGGAGUGCAGGUGAUGACAACCUCAGUGGGCACUCAGUGCCUUCAAGCGGAUCCGCACAGGCAACUACUCACCAAACUGCACCAAGGACUAAUACGUUUACUCUGCUUACAUCACCGGAUUCAGCGAAAAUAUCAAAGGAACAGUUAAAGAAGUUGCACUCUAAUAUACUAAAUGAAAUUUUCAGCCAGUCCCAGGUAAACAAACCAGGCCCCUUGACGGUUCCCUUUUAA